CAGCUUCACUCGCUUGCCUCUUUGCUUCCCUCCCCAUCCAGCCCAGUCUCCCUCUGCCAGGCUGUGCCAACUGUGAGUUUGCCCGGAGCAGCCAGAGGAAGAAGAGGAGGAAGAGAUGCCAUGGCAAGGAGCUCCAGGCUGGCACCGGCUGCUGCCCAUCUGAAGGCACAGAGGUGGCACCGGUGCUGAGAUCUGUCCAUAGACCCAAGGGAACACCAGCCUCAGCCCCCCAGCAAGGCCAGGUCAGCAGCCAUGGGCUCCGUUGGGGGAGACCACUUCAAAGAUAUCAGCCCCAUGGUGACUCCUGAAGGCAACGUGGUGAUGAGCUUCAGCUUCGACAGCUACCAGCUGGAGGAGGAAGAACUCCAGGCGAAAGCAUGUCAAGCCAAGGGAGUCCUCACCUUCAUGGAGCCAGUCUGUGAAGAUCCGGAACCUCAGGAUCGCUACCAUGGCAUUUACUUUGCAAUGCUGCUAGCCGGAGUUGGGUUCCUCUUGCCUUACAACAGCUUUAUCACAGAUGUGGACUAUCUUCAUCACAAGUACCCAGGGACCUCUAUCGUGUUUGAUAUGAGCCUUACUUACAUCUUGGUAGCCUUGGUAGCUGUCAUCCUCAACAAUGCCUUGGUGGAAAUGCUGAGCCUCCACACCAGGAUUGCUGUGGGUUACCUGUUUGCGCUGGGUCCGCUUCUCUUUGUCAGCAUCUGCGAUGUCUGGUUGGAGCUUUUCACCCAGCGCCAUGCCUAUGCCAUCAACCUCAUUGCGGUGGGAGUGGUGGCCUUUGGUUGCACAGUGCAGCAAUCCAGCUUCUAUGGCUACACCGGGAUGUUACCAAAGCGCUAUACCCAGGGAGUGAUGACCGGAGAGAGCACCGCUGGAGUGAUCAUCUCUCUGAGCCGCAUCUUCACCAAGCUCCUCCUGUCCGACGAGAAGGAGAACACCAUCAUCUUCUUUUUCAUCUCCAUCAGCCUCGAGCUCACCUGCUUCAUCCUCCACCUCCUGGUGAAGCGGACCCACUUUGUGAAGUAUUACACCGCCCGCUCCCAGGAUGGAUGCCAGAGUUCAAGGGGGGCCGUGGACCAGGGCACUGGAUACAGGGUCCACCACGAUGUCACCGCAGAAGACAUCAGAUUUAACCGGCCCUGUGGGCGAGAAGGUUUCCCUCCAGACACUUGCGGACAGGAAGGCGAGUUGGCUGGCAGUGGCACCUAUGUGAGAUUCGAUGUCCCUCGGCCUAAAAUCAAAAGAAGCUGGCCCAGUUUCAGAGAUAUGAUGCUCCACCGCUACAUCGUCUCUCGGGUGAUAUGGGCCUACAUGCUCUCCAUAGCCAUGAGUUACUUCAUCACCCUGUGCCUCUUUCCUGGACUGGAAUCAGAAAUCCGGAACUGCACUCUCGGGGAGUGGCUCCCCAUUCUUAUCAUGGCCAUCUUCAACCUCUCAGACUUCGUGGGCAAGAUCUUAGCUGCCUUGCCUUACGACUGGAAAGGCACACAUCUUCUCAUCUACUCUUGCCUGAGAGUGGUCUUCAUCCCUCUGUUUAUCAUGUGUGUUUACCCCAAUGGGAAGCCCACUUUCAGCCACCCUGCGUGGCCCUGCAUCUUUUCGCUCCUCAUGGGGAUCACCAAUGGAUACUUCGGCAGUGUCCCCAUGAUUCUGGCAGCUGGCAAAGUGAGCCCUGAGCAGCGAGAACUAGCAGGUAACACCAUGACGGUGUCCUAUAUGACGGGGCUAACCCUGGGCUCCGCCGUGGCCUAUUUCGCCUACAGCCUCACCAGUACAUCUCACAGUACCUGCUUCCACACGGAAACCUACAAUGGCUCCAUCACCGCGGGGUACUGAACAGGGCUUCCCAAAGAGACCGUGUGUCAGUCUGUGGGCUGCAGGCAAGCUGGGGGGAGAUGACCUGGGGAGGGAAGAUCCUGUGACUCUGUCCCCCCCCCCCCCCGAUGUUUUGCAACCUCCGUGCAAAAUAGAAACGACACGCUCACCCCCACACUCCCACUGGUUUCACAUGUGGGGCAACUCAUGAGGAUGUUCUUCCUCAAGGCUGGUCACGAUGAAUGCUCCCCAUUCAUUCUAGCGGUGUAUGCUUGGGAUCGUGUUCCCGUGGCAGUUUCUCCCAUGUGGCAUCCAGAUCCACUAUCCUGAGGCAGCCAUCUUUUCCCUUUCCUUAGGGUAGGGAGCUGCCUCUCAUGUCCUCCAUUUUGCUUUGGUUUUUUGACCAAACACUCUCACACACUGCCUUGACCCAUCCAUGAACAAGAGUACUGGGGGAACUGGUACAAAACAGGGCAGGGCAUAGCCUGGCUUCUGAUCAUGGUGUUGGAUGUUUUCUUUGCAUUGGAAAAGUGAUCACAUAAGAAAAUAGCCAGCCCAGAAGCUUGGCUCUAAACAGGGAAAUCCAAAUGGGAUUAUUUUGAGGUGGAUUUGACAGGAGAAAAUGUCAGAGCUCAGAAAGGUAACUUCUUUGGACAACUGCUUAUGGGAUUCUGGGAGUUGUCAUCCUGAGAAGUAACUGUUCCAAGCUCUGGGUGAGGCAAAAUGAAAGUGCACUCCAGAGUCUUAAUAAAAUGUCCUUCUCCUGAAGCUGUUCUGACUCUGUCAGUUUCCUCACCUCUGUGCCAAGUUUUAUCCUGUCUGAAAUUUGUCUGAUUUAAAAUAAAAUAGGUGCACCUAUUUUACAUUAAUGGAGACAGAGCACAAGAGCUGAUUGUUUAAUAUGGCUUUUCCUGGUCCAUACCUUUCAAAAGAUGCAGUUCAGCAUCUUUUAUUGAAUGUUCUGCUCUUAAAAAUAUGCUUCCAUGGGCACUGAAAGCUAACACAUAGGAAAGGCCGAUUCUCCUUGUCUCCGUGUCUUGCUACCUUUCCUAGUGCAGGGCAGUCAUGCAACAAUGGAGCAUUCAGACAGGUGAUCCCUAUCCCCUUCCCACACAUGCCUCUCCAGUUUCUAAGUAGUACAAUUCAGGAUUCCCUACAUGGCUUUGCUGUGAACCUAACAAGAGCCAUGCCAGACCAUCCCAAAGGCCUAACUAGCCUGGGAUUCUCUUCCUCCAGAAGCAUAUGUCCAAAUGAGAAGCCUGCAAGAGGGAGAUAUAUUGCUCACUGUGAUGUCCUCUCAAGGUGGUAGAAAGCAAGUGUCCAUGGAGUUGGGGAGAAGCAUUACUCCAAAAUAUGAAAGGGACAGGAGCCUUGAUCUUGAAGGGUAUGGGUAGUUAUGUCUGCCUCUUUAUUGUAUUGGUAGUUUCCCUUCUUUGAAUGACUUAGCUAUGAUGGGUCAUAGCUCUCAUCCAAGAAAACGUUCUGGAUACAGAUACUUCAGUCUGAACUACUUCCAUCAAUCGCAGUUGGAUAAGCAUUAAGCAUAGAGUGUGUGGGAAGUAGGUCCCCUCAAGGCAGGACUGACCUAUCUGCUUUGUAGAAGCACCCAUCUGCAAGACAAAAGGUCAUUCUGAUGGCGGUGUACUAUACUGGCAUAACUAGGCCAGCGUAGUUAAGGGCAGAAAGAAAAAGGCUGCUGGUGAGGAAUAAAGAUAAGGAACUGGAGAAAUUGGGUGCUUGGAGCUAGCAGACUUUGGCUGGCAUCCUGUGAGGGACAUACACGCAUGUAAAAUUCCCUUGAGUAUGUCCCUUUUUAGGGGCUAUGGAGGGUGGUGUUCAUUUCCACCCUUUGCAGCACCCAACAUGCCCCCCAAUGUACUGCACAGCCUCUGAAACCCCUCUGCACUGGCAUUUCAUGCCUUGUGGGGAGUGGGCAGGAUUGGAGAAGUGUCUGGCUAUAUGCAAAAUGCCAGAUGCAAAAUGAUUACAUCAGCAACAA